CUUAGCGAUCAUCCAUUUCAAAUCCUUUGCCACCCAUGCAUGAGCCAUAAUGCCCAUGCCCAAUUAGCCCCAUCACCCCUGUCGUCAUUAUUAUCAAUCAAUCAAUGUAACACCAAAUGACCGAUGUAAAUAACAAAUAAAGGUUAAUAGCUUACAAUUUAUUUCUUGUCUGUCAAAAAUGGCACUUAGUAGUGCUGCUCGGGUUUUUUAUUUAAACUUAAAAAAGUCGAGUAGCCUUUUAGCCUCUACCAGAAUAUGUGUUGUUCAGACUGCUAACUUAACUAGCAAAGAAAAUCGAGAUCCAGAUUAUAAAAGGCCUAAACCAUGGCCUUAUGAAACAAAGUAUUAUUCAUUUUUGUGGGGUUAUGUUGAAGGUACAGUCAAACGUUUCGAUGAGAAUACAAAAAUUGUUGUCGUGGAUGGAAAUAUCGGUGCGGGGAAAAGUGCGUUUGCUAAGCAACUUGCUGAAGCUUUUGAUUUAGUUUACUUUCCAGAGCCCACAAUGGAACCGUUUUACGUCACACCUUAUGGAUAUGAUAUCAGGUUGUUAGAUGACAUCGUGCCUCCUUCCUACAAAGCCUGUGAUUUAAAGACAUUUUAUUCCAAUCCUCAUCAUCGCAACGUGGCUCAAUUUCAAUUUAGGAUGUUUAUGUUCAGAUAUGAGCAGUACAUUGAUGCUUUAGCUCAUGUUCUUAAUACUGGGCAAGGUGUAGUUAUGGAAAGAUCAGUUUACGGAGAUUUUGUUUUUAUGGAAACCAUGCACAAAUUUGGAUACAUCAGUGAUCCAGUUCGCCAGUUAUACAAAGACAUUAACGAAAAUACUUUAGAUGAACUUUUGAGACCUCACCUUAUUGUUUAUCUUGAUGUUAGCCCUGAGGUUUGCCUUCAGAGAAUCAAGGAAAGAAAUGAUCCAACUGAAGUAAACUCAAAAGUUCUUACAAAAGAAUAUUUGGAGACGCUUGAACACUACUACAAGCAUCAUUAUUUAAAGAAAUUAGAAAGACAUACAGAGAUUCUGAUAUAUGACUGGAAUAAUUUUGGUGAUGUGGAAGUGGUUGUUGAGGAUAUUGAAAGAAUUGAUUUUGAGCGCUAUUCAAGAUAUGAUUUUAAACUACAAGAUUGGAGAAAAGCAGAUGAUUGGGAAUGGAACUAUUUCAGAAGACAGUACACAACUCACAAAAACAAACUCUUGAUCUACUCACAUAUCUUUCGACCAAAAGUUUCAGAAGUUCACCAUCCACCUGAUGAAGUUAUUGAAUAUCGGGAACUUCUUGAAAAGAUUCCUGGAGAAAUGUAUGAAGAGGGAUUCAAUCCAAAUGCUGGAGAUAAUGUGUGGUUCAAAACAGAUCAUAAAGGAUUUCGCUAUAUGCCUAUUAUUAGAUACAGGAAAGAAUAAUUUGCCUCUCACUGUAGUUAUUUAAAGAUUCUAUUAAAAUUUUAUUCAAAUGGG